UAGCACCGCCUUAAAAUGUAAUUGUGCAUCAAAUGGUAAAAAAACUGUAAGCCCUUAACUUACCAAAUAGUUUUGCCGAAGAAACCAUCUUUCUAAGUAACCAGCGUUCUGAGAUAUUUGAAAAAUAUAAAUUAUAGGCCCUCUAUUAGUGGAAUUUCGAAUCAAACUGUCCAUCAACUGUUAGUCGUUGAUCUGCUGCCACGCCAACCGAAGUAAGCCGACCACACCAACACUCUAAGUAAUCAGAAACCUGAGAUAUAUAUAUGGGUGAUAAAUUGUGUUCGUGUUAUGUCUGUUUGUCUCUGAAAUCAGAAGAUGUGAUGUCUCUUAGCUUUUUGGAAUCCACUGGUAUGCGUAUGGUUCAUCAAAAUAUUUUAACAGUCCCAUGUGAACACUCUGCGCGUGCAAUGAGUGAGAGCAUUUUUUUAUUUUUUAUUGUGCGUUUUCCUCUUUUUUGUGUUUUGAAAGGUGAAUGAAACUGCGUGGUUCAGUGAAAGAUGAGCGUAAAUACAAACUGCAUGCUCACUGACGCCACCUAUGAGCAAAAUUCAGAGUAAAACGACUUAUCAUUUAUAAGUUUUUGCAACUUAUUUGCAGAAUCCACAAUUUGUCUAAAUAAUAUGAAUCCUGAUGUAAAAAUAAUUCAAAAUUUGUAUGCUCACUAGCGUCAUAUAGAGACAGAGGUUCGAAUCAAACGAUCGACUAUCUGUAAAUUCUUGACCAAACAUCUACGAUAGUAGAGACGGUAAGAGAGUUAUUAGGAUCCUGGGAUGAAACAUAAAAUUUGCAUACUCAGUAGCGCCACCUAUGUGUGAAUUUCCGAAUCAAAUUUCUCAUCAUCUGUAAGUUGUUGUCCUAUGAAACAACUUUGUUGAACACACCAUCUUUCUAUGUGAUCAGGAUACUGAGAUAUAUGAAAUGUAAAAUUUGCAUUCUCAAUAGCGCCACCGGAGUUUCAAACCAAACGGCCCAUCAUCUGGAAGUAAUUGACCAACACAACAAGUUUCUCGAAGGCGUCAUCUUUCUAAGUGAUAAGGAUCCAGUGAUAUAUGAGAUACAAAAUUGACAUGCUCACUAGCACCGCCUAGUGGUGGAAUUUCGAAUCAAUCGGUUCAUUAUCUUUAAGUGCUCGCAGGGAUAGCAUUCGCCAUUUGCAGAGAGUUACAUUCACUUGCAACUAUCUCAGUUCAUAAGCAUGCUAUCAAAAAACAAUGUAUGGAUGACUUUUACCUAGUAGUUUUAUCUGAAAGUUUGCCGAAUAUCAUAAGGGUCGCACACGCAUGCUUAACUCGUGAGCGAGCUGUGAAAGCAACUCUCCACGCCGUGAAUGUAAUUUACACGACUUCUACUGAUGAUGCGCUCUCGUAUUUCACGGCUCACGUUAUUGUCCGCCGUUAGCAAGGAACCGAGGUAGACGAAUUCUUCUACCACCUCGAAAGUAUCCCCGUCUAUCGUAACAUUGCUGCCAAGGCUUGUCCUGUCUCGCUCAAUCCCACCUACCAGCAUGUACUUUGUCUUAGCCGCAUUCACCACCAGUCCGACCUUUGCUGCUUCGUGUUUCAGGCGGGUGUACAGUUCUGCCAAUAAUAUCCAUGUCAACCGCAAAACAGACAAAUUGGCCGGAUUUCGUGAAGAUCGUAUCCCGGCUGUUGAGCCCGGCUCGUCGCAUAACACCUUCCAGGGCGAUGUUGAAUAGUAGGCAGGAAAGUCCAUCACCUUGUCAUAGUCCCCGUCGAGAUUCGAAUGAACUGGAUAGUUCACCCGAAAUCCUUACGCUGUUCUGCACACCGUCCAUCGUUGCUAUUAUCAAUCUGGUAAGCUUCCCGGGAAAGCUGUUCUCGUCCAUGAUUUUCCAUAGCUCUGUGCGGUCGAUACUGUCGUAUGCCAUUUCUGGAGGAUUUGCCGUACGGUGAAGAUCUGGUCCGUUGUCGACCGGCCGUCGAUGAAACCGGCUUGGUAACUUCCCACGCACUCAUUUACUUCCACUACUUGACUUCCCAAGUAACAAUCCUAAUUCUAUUUGGUUUUAUUUGUUUUUAUGAUAGUUUUAUCGGAACAUUGCAUAUUCUAGUUGAUCUUAUCGUAGUUUCAGCUGAGCACAACUAUUCUUCGUCAAUAUGUGGUUUUAAAAACACCUCCAAGAAUACUUGAGGUUCAGUUCAUAAAACCAUAAACACAACAAGAACGGUUGAACUUAUUUUCAAUUUUAUAAGGACCUUGUAGCUAUCUUCAAUCAUCCGUUCUUGAUCAACAGCAACUGUUCUCGCAUAAGAACAGUUUGGUACAUGAAAAAUACAAGAAAAACUUAAGCAUUAGAUUUUGAUUCUCAUCGUUCCAUUAUUGCUGCCAAUCAAGAACACCUAGCCGGAAACUCAACCGCGAUGCGGUGCAGUGCCAAGUUCCUCUGGUUUCAGCAUCCGAAAUGAGGUGGGUAUACCCAUAUAUGGUCAUCCAGGACGUCGAUUCCCGUGCAAUCGGGGUUCCAAUCGUCGAUCUUCAAAAUCAACAACUACUUACCUGAUGGAAGUGCUGACCGGAGGAAUGAGACACUGCACCGCAUCAAGGCCGGUUAUCGGAAAAGGUCUGCCUGGUUGACAACGGUACCGGUCUGAUAAUUAAAUUCAUCGGACGAGAGUCACAAAAUCCACCGCGGUGCGAUAAUAUUUUUUGUUUACAAUUUGGCAUACCGAUUUAUGACGUUCUCGGCGGAGUUUACAUAAACCUACAUAAAGAACGUUAUAAACCUGAGUAGUCUUGAGUAAUACUUCUUACCCUUGCAUAAGAUGAAAUAAAUUUAUGACGUUCUUGAUGGAGGCCAACCAGGCUGCAUUGAGAACGUUAUAAAUAAUAGUAUUCUUGAGUUAUGCUUUUAGCUCUGGCAUGAGUUGAAAGAAAUUUCAGACGAUCUUAUGGUGAUGUUGAUUAAAACCAUCGAUGAUGGACCGACCACCGGCCUAGAUUUCAAUGGAAGCCAUGUUGAGAAAACUCAUGAACAAUGUUCGCAUGACCAGGAAUAAUAUUUUUAAAUAUUUUAUUAGUGCGUUAUAAUGGAAGCGCGUUGCAAUUUUUGGAAGUAUCUUGCAACAUAUAUACGAUGAAGUUUGCUUGGCAUUUGGCAUCCUAGUUACACCACGGAAAUAUUUCCAAUUUGUGUAAUAAAUUAACCCCGAUUACAGUAAUGUGUCACUUCCAUUGUGUUUUUAAUUUCAAUUUAAUUCAUCAUUUUUUUAUGUCGACAUAAAAGCUGCAACAGCAACGACACUGACAAAUUUAUUAUCGUUUUAUCGUGCACUUGAAGAAUUCUACAAGGAGAGAGCAAUUCGCCUUGAGGACAACAUGGGAAGUACAACAAGUUUUAAGAGAAAUUUAAAAACAACUCUCCAAGAGCAUCUUAGGAUGGACCUCUUUGGUCUUAUGGCGGGUUUAUGGUUGAGUUGAUGUCGUUUUGCAGAGCAAUUUGGUUUAUGCAUGGUUUUAAAGAACAGACGUUGAAGAAUACUUCAAAAGCAUUAUAAAAUUAAUUUUGUUACUUGGGUUCCCACUACCAUUUCCUACUACUUGAAAGACGACGGAAGAUGAUCUGGAAUAUCUCUCGCCAUUGCUCCAGGAAUUCAUCCCUGGAUUCCAUCAGGAUUUUAUCCUGGGAUUCUUCCAGGAAUUCCUCCCAAGAUUUCUCCAAGAUUCGGUCCAUCAUCUGUAAGCCCUUACCCAACCAAAUAACUUUGCCGAAGAAACCAACUCUACAAGUAGUCAGUAUCUUGCGAUAUAUGAGAUGUUAAUUUCGUCAGUGUUAGGUCUGUUUGUCUGUGAUGUAUCGGCGGGUUCAUUCAAAUAAUACACAACACGAAAUUUGACUUUUAGAAUGGCUCCCUUCCCUACCCCAAUGGGGCACGUUCGGUGUAGUACUAGAUUUGUAGUAAUGAGCUGAAUUUUUGUAUGGUGAGAAGGUCAAUUCUCCGUUUCUGCAAAGAAAUGGUGCAAAAAGCGUGGGUAUUAUGAUUCCUUACCUAAUUUGAUGCUGCUUGAGCAAAACUUUGGAUAACUAUGUUGUUUAUGUUGCAAGAAAUGGAGAAAAAAACAACACUGUAGCCCAAAGUUUUACUCAAACAGCAUCAAAUUAGGUAAGGAAUCAUAAUACCCACGCUUUUUGCACUAUUUCUUUGCAGAAACGGAGAAUUGACCUUCUCACCAUACAAAAAUUCAGCUCAUUACUACAAAUCUAGUACUACACCGAACGUGCCCCAUAGGAGGCAAUCAGUGAAGUACUAGAUUGAAAGUAGUGAGCUGGAUUUUUGUAUGGUGAGAUUAUUUUUUCCUGCAACUUCAACAACACAGUUAUCCAAACUUUUGCUCAAACAGCAUCAAAUUAGUCAAUAAAUCAUAUAACCCAUGCUGUUUGCACCAUUUCAUUGCAGAAAUGGAGAAUUGAUCAUCUCGCCAUACAAAAAUCCAGCUCACUACUUUCAAUCUAGUACUUCACUGAUUGCCUCCUAUUAACAGCCCAUACAAAAGCUGAAAUUCUUGUCGGGGCCCGUGGCGCAGUGGUCCACACGUUCGCUUCAUGAGCGGAUGGUCAUGGGUUCGAACCCAGCCCCAGCACUUGCAAUUUUUCGUCAGCUGCUCUUACCCCCCCGAGAGCAGCUGACACCUGACCCUCUUCUGAGCCAAUGGCUCAAAUGGACCCGGAUACUUGGACAUCGGCGAACGGCAACUCAUAAUGGACCCCCAAUCGGACUGGAAAAGGAACAGCAGCCACACAUCAGCAUCAUCGUGCUCAUCAUUCUACCAUGGACAGGGUAGAAGAAUGAAAGAAGCACAAAGGCAUCCAGUUCAAUACCGUAGAACAGAAUAGAAUACAUUUAGGCGCUGUACAAAUUGGAAGUGCAGCGUCCAGUUGGAAUCGCUCACGUAGUACCCUAGUGGACAAAAGAGCUGUAAAUUAGGUUAAGUGAUUAAGAAUAAAAAAAGCUGAAAUUUUGUAUAAAGCAUAACAAAGCACUAGACCCCCACUCCCCCUAUCAUUACGUAAUAUUUGAACGACUCCUUUUGAGCCAUAGAAUAUAUGUCUAACCAUUUACAGAAGUGUGAUUUACCCUAUUGUUAUGAUCGUCUUGUCCGCUUGCUUAAGUAUAUUCCAUCCUAUUGAUAAGGGGCAUUUUGGAAUGCUCUCUUGCGCCACCUAGCGGAAAUUUCUUGUACUAAAUUGUUUACUACUAUAUAGACCUUGACAUAUUUAACAGCUUUUCCGAAAACAUCAUCCUUUAAAAAAACAAAGACCACGAGAUACGUGAGAUAUGUUGGGGUCCAAUGAACCUUAGGGUCCAAAAACGGACCUUCGUUUAAGGUAUCCAUUUGAAGGUUAACUGUUUAGUUUUAGACGAAUUUCGCCCCAAAUCGUAUUCGGAGUUGGCAGCACCCUCUCAGAUUACAAUGAAACUUUCUGGGUAUGUACACCAAGACUAGAUAAGCCACUUUGCAUACUUAGUUUCUUCAAAAUUUAUCUGGACUGACUUUUGAAAAGGGCUAAACUUUUUUUAUGGAUUUUUUAAAAAUGUUUUUAAUCAAAAAAUGACUACUCCUACAAAAAAGUGUUGUAUGGGUGAUUAUCACAAAAUAAGUCAAAUUUUAAGAAAAAAAUACUGAAAAAAAUCCAAAAUGAGCCCUACACUGAAAAAAAAUCAUUUCUAAAAAUUCAAAGUUGAUUUAAAAAAAAACACCAUUUUUGAUUUUGAUGAAAUUUUGUCUCAAGACAGGUAAUUAUGUUCCCUACCAACCGUCCAUACAUCACAAGAUGGGCACUUUUAAGGAAAAAAAGUUUUUCUAACAAAAACUUUUUCAUGUCCAAAUUAUUAUUUUUUCAGUGUCUUUUUUUAAAAACAAACUAAACCAGUGAAGGUUAUCUAGUAAUCUCAAAAUGCAAUGAAACUUAUUGUGUCAUAUGCGACAAUGCAAUGCACCCAUAUUCACGCAGCAGCACUCUAGAAGUACGAAACAAUAUACAAUUAGAACACGCAUUUCAUACGUGCUGCUGUAAUUUCUACCCAAACGUUUCUACCCCAUGUUCUUACCUAAUAUUAGGUAAGGCUAUUUAUUAGAUUCGAACUACCUAAUCGAAAAAAAAAAACAAAUCAAGAGUUGUACCUAAAGCAAAUAUGAACAAAACAAGAAAAUGAAUCGGUAUCAUUCAACGUGUUACUUCUCUUUGGUUAUUAAAGGCAGUUCUGAAAAGUAAUGGAUCAAUCGUAUAAAUCAAAAUUCAACAAAUUCAAGUGCAGUGCAAAAAUAAACAAUCCAAAGUGCAACCGUCAUAAUCUACGGGGCAUGUCAUUAAGAUUGAUAGAUAAAAUUCAUUCCAUGGGAUAUUUACAUGAAAUCGACGAAUCGAUGAGUAUUUGUGAGUCAUGUCGUGGAUUGAUAAGUCACAACAGAAGCCCGAAUACGAAAAAACGCCGAUCGGAUGGAAACGACGAAACUAUGCAACCAUCAUUUAGUGGGGAGCAACAUCAUGAUGUUCCAGAACCAGAACCGUCAACGAGUGGUCAACAAAUCGAACAUGAGCUGGAUAUGGUACCAUCUAUUCCAUCAUUGGAGUCAAUUCCGUCAACAGAUCAACUACAGGGUCCCCAUAAUAUUGAGAAGUUUAAUACCAUUGCUGAAACAUUGAGUUUAUCGCCAAUCUCAUCUAGAAACAUGAGAAGUAUGGAAUAUCGCAUAAACAAAUCAUUGCAGAUUACGAAAGCAGUUCGAAAAAAUAUCUUCGGAAUAGAUUCAACGGAUGUUGGCAAAGUGGAGGCGUAUGACGAGAUAAUUAUGCAGUUAAAGGAUAAGUUCAAUCACCCUACAACUGACAGAAGCGAACAGAUUAAAAUACUAUCUGUACUUCCUAAGUCUUGGUCGGUAAAUAAAAUCACAAGAGAGUUUAACGCACCAAUGUAUAUGGCGAGGCAGGUGAAGGAUCUUGUUUAUGAACAGGGUAUUCUUUGUACCACCGAAAAAAGAAGGAGGCAUGGUAUUGAUGACGAUACAAAACAAAUAGUAAGAGAAUUUUUUGAUGAUAAUGAUAUCAGCAGGCCAAUGCCAGGAACAAAUGAUUUUGUUUCUGAGGUUCGAAAUGGAAAAAAACAACAAGUUCAAAAACGACUUUUGAUGAUGUCGCUCAAAGAGGCUUAUAUGAUUUUUGUAGAUAUGUACAAAACUGUGAAUAUUGGUUUCACAGUAUUUACACAGUUGCGACCAAAGCAUUGUAUUUUACUUGAUUCUACUGGUAUACAUAAUGUAUGCAUAUGUACUAUUCAUGAAAAUGUAAAUUUAAUGUUCAACAGUAUAAGAAUUGUGUCACAAGAUGAAAUAAUACAAAAUAUGCUUUGCGAUAUUUCCACCAGAACAGAUAAUUGCUUUUUCCGUGCUUGUGAAAAGUUUGCUUGUAAUGAACACAUUGAAGAAGAACUUACAUUGAUAUUGAAAUCAAAUGACAAAGAAGAGAUUAUAUUUCAGCAGUGGUUGAAUACUGAUCGCUGUAAUUUAGAAACGAUUAUUAAACCUGUUGAUGAAUUUGUUCCGUAUCUUGUUGAUAAAAUUGACAAACUUAUAACACACAACUUUAUUCAUAAACAACAAUCAUCAUUUCUCAGAAAUAAAAAAGAUACAUUAAAGGAUGAUGAAAUUCUUGCGAUUUGUGAUUUCUCUGAAAACUAUUCAUUCAUAAUUCAAAACGCUGCUCAAGGAUAUCAUUGGAACAACUCGCAAGCAACAAUACACCCAUUUGAAAUUUACUAUAUGAAAGAUAAUAAACUUGUAAAUGUUAGCUUCAUUAUCAUAUCGGAAGUAAUGGCUCACGAUACAGUUGCGGUCCAGUUGUUCAUCUCAAAAAUGAUAGAUUUUAUGAAACAAUUAACGAACUUUUCUAAAAUUUAUUUUAUGUCUGAUGGGGCAGCAUCACAAUACAAAAAUAAGAAGAACUUUGCUAGUCUAUGUAGAUUCCAGUCAAAGCAUGCAUUAAGAGCAGAAUGGCAUUUUUUUGCAACGUCCCACGGUAAAGGUCCAUGUGAUGCUAUUGGUGGCACUCUCAAGCGAAUGGCAAAGAGAGCAAGCCUUGCUCGAGAUUAUGGAAAUACCAUAACAACUCCACGAGAGUUAUAUAACUGGGCAGUUGUACAGACAGAUAAAAAUAUAACUAAAUUAAAUUUCUGUUACGUAUCCACUGAACAGUACAUUAAAAUGUCAGAAGAUCUCGAAGAAAUAUAUAAUAACGCCAAAACAAUACCAGGCACUCAGAAAUUCCAUAGUUUUUUGCCUAUUCCUGGCGACAAAGUAAAGGCAAACAGGUAUUCUAAUUCAGAAGAUGAACCAAAAAUAUUUAGUAUGAUCGGAAAAAAAUAGAAAAGAACAUGUUUGAAAUUGGCUCUAAGACACAUAUAUAUAUAUUUGAAAAAUUCAUAAUUAUAAAUAAUUGUAUAUUUAAAAGUACACUUCAAUACAUAUUGCGAUCAAACAUUACAUUUCCUAAGAAAAUACAUUUGUAAUAUUUUGAAGUUUUUUAUGUAUAGGAAAACCCUUCCAAAUGAUUGAAUAAAUAACACAAAAUCUCCUAGAAAAUUGAGUUUCAUUGGAUUCUGGGAUUGUUAUGGCCUUCACUGGUUUUAUUGUUGAUAACAAAAUACACUGAAAAAAAAAUCAUUCGAACAAGAAAAAGUUUUUGUUAGAAAAACUUUUUUUCCUUAAAAGUGCCCAUCUUGUGAUGUAUGGACGGUUGGUAGGGAACAUAAUUACCUGUCUUGAGACAAAAUUUCAUCAAAAUCAAAAAUGGUGUUUUUUUUUAAAUCAACUUUGAAUUUUUAGAAAUGAUUUUUUUCAGUGUAGGGCUCAUUUUGGAUUUUUUUCAGUAUUUUUUUCUUAAAAUUUGACUUAUUUUGUGAUAAUCACCCAUACAACACUUUUUUGUAGGAGUAGUCAUUUUUUGAUUAAAAACAUUUUUUAAAAAUCCAUAAAAAAAAGUUUAGCCCUUUUCAAAAGUCAGUCGAGAAAAAAAAAUAGAAAAAUGAGUAUGCAAAGUGGCUUAUCUGGGCAAGGUCUACACACCAAGAAAGUUUCGUUGUAAUCUGAGAGGGUGCUGCCAACAUUUGUUCGAGUUGGCGCGAAAUCCGUCUUUAUGAAAACUGAAGCACUAAUGAUUUUAAGUUUUUACGAACUGGUUUCAUUGAAUCUGCUUCAACAGUCUGCAAUCCGUUUGACGCACCCUUUGGGAACAAACCACCAAACGGAAAUUUUAACAUUUUGUUGAGAAGAACCGCACGACAAGGCAAAACCUUAGUAUACCCUAUUAGGCUUAAAGACGUUAGGCAUUAUGAGCAUAAGUCCAUUAUGCCAGUCAUCCAUUAUGCCUGUCGUAUAUAUGCCUAUCUCACUUAUGCUUACCGUCGUGCACCCGCAAGGACUGCACUGGUGUACUGGUGGUGGUUUUUCAUCAUUAUUCUUGAACCCAGAACAUGUUCUAGGGUAUUUUAUCCAAUAGUGGACCCUUAACCUAUAGUGGACCCCUAGCAAUUAUUCUCAAAUUUCCCGCUCAAAUCUGCUUCCAACGGUAAACUUCCACCGGGAGACCAUGGCUCAUAUCCCUAGACAGCAGUUCCAUGUCAUGAAACUAGUCUGGAAAGCGAUAAUUUGAUUAUUUGAACAAAUUUGUAAAUGUAAACAAGCCUGUCGAUUGCCAGCCGCAUGCCUUCCUAUCUGCGUCAUCCUAGAGAUGGUGGAAUGCAGCACCCAAAGCAAAACAUAAUCUUCCCAUGACUCAAUAAUGAUCACUCCUGAGCUUGUGUUCAGCAGUGGUGAAUUAGCACAGCACGUGGUAAUCAACUGAACAACGCCUUAUACUUCAACAGCUAUUCAGCUCAAAACACGUGUUUUCCAUUCUGAUUUCGCUGUCAGUAUUUUUAUCGCACGGUGAGAAAACUUGUAUCGAAUGCGGCCAAAAAGUGUUGGUCUUUAUUGAAGAUAUUGUUUCCAGACGAACUAAUUGCGAUAUGAACAUGUUUUUAUUUUUACUAUUAAAUAUCGAUCUUUAAAAAUGUAUGACAAUCGAACUGCUGCGGAAGUAAAAAAUAUAAUAAUCAAGGUACAAGAUAUCUUGUUACAGACUAAUAAUAAUAAAUAAAUGCCUCAUUUUUACGUUGAUUACGUCUCUUGGCGCUCAAUGUUAAACUGCAUAAUUCCAUUCUGUUUUAUUUUAUGUGAUUCGUUUAAAAUUUUGGUUCUUUGAUAACUUGGUUGUCUAAACAGUGAAAAGCACAUUGUUCAGGAGCAUAUGCUUAUCGGUACAUCAGCUUAAUAAGAUGCAGACAAAUGUUUUGUUAAGGUAUUAAUGCUUGUCGAAUAAAUGUCUUGUUAAACUUUUGAAAUGUGUUUUAAUUUAUCAUUGUUGAUACCGAUGAGGAAAGUCGAACAUUGACUAUUUUCUCAAUUGAAAAAUGAUUUAAACCGUAAUGUGUAGAGCAUAAUUUUAGUUCAGCUUCUUCUUCUUCUUCUUCUUCUUUAUGGCUCGACGAUCGCAUUGGAUCUUGGCCUGCCUCUCUUCAACUUAGUGUUCUUUUGAGCACUUCCACAGUUAUUAAUUGAAGGGCUUUCUUUGCCUGCCAUUGCAUGAAUUUGUACAUUGUGUGGCAAGUACAAUGAUACGCUAUGCCCAGGGAGCCGAGAAAAUUUUCCCGACUGGAACGGGAAUCGAACCCGUCGUCUCCGGAUUGGCGAUCCAUAGCCUUAACCACUAGGCUAACUGGAGACCAGCUAUCAUUACCAUUAUUAAGCAACAAUUCAGCAAGCUUGCUUGUUUGUGACUUGCAAUUGUUAGUUGGGUAAUUAGGAUAUCAUAAUAUUAUUACGAUCAGAACAAGGUUCAGCUACUAAGAGGUCCACUAUUGGUUAAAAUACCCUAGGUCAAUCGUCUUAUUUCAUAGUGUAACUUCAAAGCGUUUCAUAGUGUUUUCACAUAAUUGCUAGAAAUCACGACUAGUAUGAAAAAAACGUCUGUAAUCUCUUAUCAUUCACUAUAACAGAUCUCGCACGCAUUAGAUAAAUAACAAGUGUAAGAACCGAAACAGUGGCACACCGAAACAAGUAUUUCAAAAGUUUGCCGAUUCAACUUGGAAUGGCCCAUGUUGAGCGUCAUGUGUGAAACCGCAGUUGCCAGCUUCAGUUCAGUGCACAUCAAUGUCAAUUUUUGUAGCUCCACAGGUACACAAGGGGGUUAGGUACCAAAACCGCAUGCCUAUUUCAAAGGCUGUUGAGUUAAAUUUACUGUGUGCCUAAAUGAAGUGUGGUUGGUAAAUUCAUCCAUCAAUCAAAUUUUCAAUCAAACUGUUUCAAAUUUAGAUUCACAAUCAUCACGAGUGCAUUUUUAAUUUCUACUAAGCAAACUGAAACGGGUUUUCUGCUUCAGAAAAACACUAUCGAUUUGGUCUUUUUAUUGCACUUCACGAACAAAACAUAAAACAAUCCCUGCAAUAUAAGUUUCCCUCGUCGAUCACUGAACGAAACAGAAAAUUCAAAUAAUCGGCUUAAUGUCUUUGCCCGAGGCUUCAUUCCAUUGGAAUGAAACUUUAUUGUCACUAUAUUUCAUCGCAUCCUAUAAUAGUACCUAACCUAUGGAGGCUGCACAAAAAAAAACGAGCAAAAAAAUCCAGUUUGUUCAACCACGAGUAAAGAGCUUUUCAUGCCUAUCGGAAAAUCUCAAUAAAUGUGUUGAGAACUUCGUGUACCUAGUCGUCCGCGACCCACCCAUAUGACUGCACGUUCGACACAGUCCUCCGGGGACCAUACGAAUCAUCGCGGUGAGGGCGAGAAGCAGCAGCGAUUCAUGCUUCGGUGCUCUUUCCGGUCACUUUAGUUCCUGAUGGUACCGGCGACGAAAUUGAAAACGAUGGCUCUUUUUUUGCGAGUUUUAGCAGACUGCACGCGGCGACGCUGGGAUAUUUCGCGAAAAGGACCGGUUCAAAAGAGGAGAAAGGGUUUGGAUGUUUUCUGCAGAAUGCUGCAACCAGAGAACUCUUACGACUAUGAUAAUAUCCUCGUGAUUUGGGAAGCCAU